AUGAAAAUUCACAUUGAAAAGAAACGGUUCAUAUGCUCUCAGUGUGGAAAGAGUUUUACACGGGAAGGUCACCUUAAUAUCCACAUGAGAACUCAUACUGGAGAGAGACCGUACACCUGCAAACUGUGUGGGAAGGGUUUCAUACAAAAUGGAGGUCUUAAGAAUCACAUGAGAGUUCACACUGGAGAGAAACCUUUCACCUGUCAACAGUGUGGAGAAGUUUGUAAUCGAAAUGAAAGCCUUAAAGUCCACAUGAAAAUUCACAUUGAAAAGAAAGAGUUCAUAUGCUCUCAGUGUGGAAAGAUUUUUACACGGGAAAGUCACCUUAAUAUCCACAUGAGAACUCAUACUGGAGAGAGACCAUACACCUGCAAACUGUGUGGGAAGGGUUUCAUACGAAAUGGAGACCUUAAGACUCACAUGAGAAUUCACACUGGAGAGAGACCAUACACAUGUAUUCAGUGUGGAAAGUAUUUUACACAGAAUAAAAACCUUACAGUCCACAUGAGAAUUCACACUGGAGAGAAGCCUUACACCUGCAAACUGUGUGAGAAGAGUUUCAUACGAAGUGGAGGUCUUAAGUGUCACAUGAGAUGUCAUACUGGAGUGAAACCUUGCACCUGCAAACAGUGUGGAAAGAGUUUCACACGCCAAGAAAACUUUAAGACUCACAUGAGAAUUCACACUGGAGAGAGACCAUUCAUAUGUGCUCAGUGUGGAAAGAGUUUCAUAUAUAGAGUAAGCCUUAAUUAUCACAUGAGGAUUCAUUCAAGAGAAAACCGUUUUAAAUGUCAUCAGUGCGAAAGCAGUUUCACAGACACAAGUCACCUUCAGGAUCAUGUUAAAAUUCACAUCGGAGAAAAGCCUUUCAUGUGCCAUCACUGUGGAAAGAGUUUAAAAAGCAAUACAAACCUUGAUAAUCACAUGAGAGUUCACACAGGAGAUAAAUCUUUCAUCUGCCCUCAGUGUGGAAAGGGUUUCACAGCAAAAAGGAACCUAAAGGUUCAUGAGAAUUCACACAGGAGAGAGAUUCACAUUUCUAAGCAAACUGAAACAUCACUUGCAAACUCAUUUUGGUAAGAAAUUGCAGCUUUCGUCAGAGUGACGAGGUUUAAAAAGAAAAA